GGGGGGCCGGGCCGGUCCCGGUGGCGGCGGGCGGUGGCGGGGGCCAUGGCCAAGGCCUACGACCACCUCUUCAAGCUGCUGCUGAUCGGGGACAGCGGCGUGGGAAAGACCUGCCUCGUCAUCCGCUUCGCCGAGGACAACUUCAGCAGCACCUACAUCUCCACCAUCGGGAUCGACUUCAAGAUCCGCACCGUGGAUAUCGAUGGGAAGAAGAUCAAGCUGCAGGUCUGGGACACGGCGGGACAGGAGCGCUUCAAAACCAUCACCACGGCCUAUUACCGCGGAGCCGUGGGCAUCGUCCUGGUGUACGACAUCACGGACGAGAAAUCCUUCGAGAACAUCCAGAACUGGAUGAAAAGCAUCAAGGAGAACGCCUCGGCCGGGGUCGAGCGUCUCCUCCUGGGCAACAAGUGCGACAUGGAGGGGAGGCGGAAAGUGCAGAGGGACGCGGCCGAGAAGCUGGCGAAGGAACACGGCAUUCGCUUCUUCGAGACCAGCGCCAAGUCCAGCGAGAACGUGGAGGAGCCCCUGUCCCCCCCAGGCCUUCCGCACUCUGGCGAGGGACAUCCUGCACAAAUCCUUCCGGAAAGCCCCCCCCGGCAGCAGCAGCAGGGCCCUGCUGGAGCCCGGCCCCCCAAGAAAGGCCGGCGGGAGAUGCUCCUUGGGAUAGGGGAGCGGAACCUCCCCGAGACCCCCGGGGCAGCGCAGGCGCCUCUCCGGAGGGAUCUGGGGGGGAAUUUGGGGGGGAUUUGGGGCUGCCCCCCCUCUCUCCUUGUGCCAUAAAGCCCCGCUGUGCCUUG